CUCUCUCUCACUCUCUACCUCUCAGUCUCUCUCUCUAGCCAUGGCGACGGACCUUCCGCUGAGGGUUCCUGACCCCCCGGAAACCUCGGUCGAUGAAGAUCAGGCCAAGAAUCAGGGAACUGAAGUAACAUGGGCACACAAUGAGCAAGAGGAAGCCAAGAAUCACGAAAUUGAUGAAACAGGGGCGCAAGAGGAUCCCAAGAAUCCAGAAAUUGAUGAAACUGGAGCGCAGAAAAAGCAACAUCAGGCAAAGAAUCAAGAAACUGAAGUAACAGGGGCACCGAAAGAGCAAGAGGAGGCCAAGAAUCAAGAAAUUGAUGAAACAGGGGCACAGAAAGAGCAAGAGGAGGCAAAGACUCAAGAAAUUGAAGUAACAGGGGCACAUAAAGAGCAAAAGGAGGCCAAGAAUCAAGAAAUUGAAGUAACAGGGGCACAGAAAGAGUAAGGGGAGGCCAAGAAUCAAGAGGAUUUUCUCGGGAGCCAGCAAUUGGAGCACGAAUGCUUAACCAGCGAGCUGGAGGUCCUCACGACGAGGAACGAGGAGCUUCAAUUGGAGCACCAACGCUUAACCAGGGAGCUGGAGGUCCUCACGAAGACGAACGAGGAGCUUCAGGGUCAAUUGGAGCACCAACGCUUAACCAGCGAGCUGGAGGUCCUCGUGAAGAGGUUGGAGGACGCAAAAGACCAAUCAGACAUGGAAGAUAUUCUUCGCUUUUGAGGCAGCGGUUAAUGGAGGGAGAAUGGCUGCGAUGAUUCCUGAGUUAGAGAGGAUUUUCGAGCACUCAGAAGCUCAGUGUCAGGGUUUGGUGGAUAUGUCAGAGGAAGCAAGUACAGAGGUGGCGCUUUUGGAUUUGCUCUGGAACCUGCAAUUGGAGCAGAAAUGCUUAACCAGCGUGCUGGAUGUUCUCACGCGUCAAUUGGAGGAAGCAACAGGGGCAGGGCGAAAUGACCAACCAGACGAGCCUCAAGAACCCUAUUUCGAUUCCCCAUUUUGAUCCUAGCUUUUUCUACUAUGUCCAAGACAGUUCCACUGUGACUCUUUUUUUGAUACGAAUAAGUAAAUCUUUUGAUUCUGAAAUCCAUAUCCUUCAAUUCAUAGAGACCACCCUCCUGUGUCAGUGGUACGAAAUUUGGCCACUCUUUUCUAUAAUCCAUUUUCCUUUGCCUUGUAUGAAGAAGCAACAACCCUCUCUCUCUUUCUUCUGUGUAUGUAGUAUGGAAUUGCAGCAGCACC